AGCGGUUGGGAACUUGUAUUUUCUCCAUGUCUUCCUCGGGUACAUAUGUGUCCAAGUUCGUAUGCCUUCUCCUUGGCUGUUCCAAAUGCGGCAAGCUUUUGCGCAGGAGGACAAGGUAGAGUAGGGAUUUUAUUACUGUUGAGAUGUAUGCUGUUUUAUCCAUCCGCAUCCGCACGCAAUACUUGCCACGGCUAUUUUGGCGAAGGAUUCGUUCCUGGGUUAUUUGUUGCGUGGUUGCCUGCAGGCACCACCUGUUAACGGGUAUGUCUGGCCUCCACAGCUACUCUUUUGGGCUGGGAUAUUCUUCCUUCUACAUAUACACACACACGAUAUAUGUGCUUGUCACGCAUUAUUAACUAAGC